CUCCCGCGCAGCCCCGGCCCCGCCCCGGCCCGGCCUCUCCCGCGCAGCCCCCGGCCCCGCCCUCUCCCGCGCAGCCUCCGGCCCCGCCCGGCCCCAGCCUCCCCCGCGCGUCGUACGCCGGCUGCCCGAGGCAGGGCGGGGUCGCGCGAGGGCUGGUGUCGGGUCCCGGCCGCGGAACAACGUCCCUUCUGCCUUGCGACCGGAGCCUUCCGGCGUCCUGGGGGCGCCAUGGAGCCUCGGGCGGUUGCAGAUGCCUUGGAGACAGGGGAGGAGGACGAGAUUAUGGUGGCUUUGCGUACCUACAACCGGGAGAAUUCCCAGAGCUUCACGUUUGACGAUGCUCAACAGGACGACAGGAAGAAACUGGCGGAGCUGCUCAUUUCGGCCCUGGAGCAGGGCUUGCCGCCCUCCCACCGCGUCAUCUGGCUGCAGACUGUCCGCAUCUUGUCUCGGGACCGCAGCUGCCUGGACCGGUUCACCAGCCGCCAGAGCCUGCAGGCCCUGGCCCUCCACGCUGGCGUCUCUGCACCUGAGGGAUCUGUCUCCAAGCCCUGGGACGCAGAUAUGGACGUUGUGCUUGAGUCUCUCAAGUGCCUUUGCAACCUCGUGCUCAGCAGCCCCUUAGCGCAGGGGCUGGCCGCGGAGGCGGGCCUGGUGGUGAGGCUGGCAGAGCGCGUGGGGCUCUACAGUGAGAGGAACUUCCCACACGAUGUGCAGUUCUUUGACUUGCGGCUCCUCUUCCUGCUCACGGCCCUGCGCACCGAUGUGCGGCAGCAGCUGUUUGAGGAGCUGCAGGGGGUGCGCCUACUGACCGACACACUGGAGCUGACACUGGGGGCGGCCCCUGAAGACAGCACCCCUGAGUGCCUUCCCCCGCAGGAGACUGAGCGGGCCAUGGAGGUCCUCAAAGUACUCUUCAACAUCACCUUUGACACCACCAAAAGGGAGGUGGACCAGGAGGACAUUGCCCUUUACCGACACCUGGGGACCCUUCUGCGGCGCUGUGUGAUGGUGGCGGCUGCUGGAGACCGGACUGAGGAGUUCCAGGGCCACACAGUGAAUCUCCUGGGGAAUCUGCCCCUCAACUCUCUGGACGUCCUGCUCACCCCAGGGCCAUGUGUGGGCUCCCUCGAGUUCAUGGGCAUGAACGUGGAUGUGAUCCGUGUGCUCCUGGGCUUCCUGGAGAAGCGCCUGGACCAGACACAGAAGCUGAAAGAGGGUGUGGCGCCCGUGCUGAGCGUGUUGACAGAGUGUGCCCGUCUGCACCGCCCAGUCAGGAAGUUCCUGAAGGCCCAGGUACUGGGUGGGUCAAAGCCAGCCCCCCAGGGGAUGGGAUGGGGCCCUGGUCCCAGGAAUGGAAGGACAACUCGUCCACAGGUGCUGCCCCCGCUGCGGGACGUGAGGACCCGGCCAGAGGUGGGUGAGCUGCUGCGGAACAAGCUUGUCCGCCUCAUGACACACCUGGACACGGAUGUCAAGAGAGUGGCAGCUGAGUUCCUGUUUGUCCUGUGCUCCGAGAGUGUGCCCCGCUUCAUCAAGUACACUGGCUUCGGGAACGCUGCCGGCCUGCUGGCUGCCCGGGGUCUCAUGGCAGGGGGCCGGGACAGGGGCCAGUACUCAGAGGACGAGGACACGGACACAGAGGAGUACAAGGAAGCCAAGGCCAGCAUAAACCCGGUGACCGGGCGCAUGGAAGAGAAACCGCCCAACCCUAUGGAGGGGAUGACUGAGGAGCAGAAGGAGCACGAAGCCAUGAAGCUGGUGAACAUGUUCGAUAAGCUCUCCAGGCACAGGGUCAUCCAGCCCAUGGGCAUGAGCCCCCGGGGCCACCUCACAUCCCUGCAGGAUGCCAUGUGCGAGACCAUGGAGGGGCAGCUUUCCUCAGACCCGGAGUCAGACCCCGACUGAGACCUGCAGUUCUGCCCUCCCUCCAAACUGGUGCUGCUUCCAGAGACGCCCUUGGAUCCACAGCCUGGGGAUGCUCCAGCCCACAGGCCACGCAGCCUCAUACCCACUUUCUCCAGCUCAGAGACCCUUUAUUUCUGUAUUCCCGAAGUUCUGAUUGUGAUUUGCUUCUCCUGCUGUAAGGGAACUCAGCUUUGAUUAGUUCAAACAAAAUAGUUUCUUUUGUGUGAGAAGGCUGCAGCCUGAGGGAGGCUGGGGCCGAGUGGCUGUGGAGUCUUAGACUUGUCUGCAGCUGGCAUGCAGCCUGGAGCCAGCCUGUCCGGGCAAGGGCUACAUUUCACAGGGAAGGGACUUUAUAUGCAAUCAUGAUGUUUCAGUCCCGCUGGGCAUGUGGCUGGGCUGCCAUUGUCUCCUGCCUGAGUUCUCACCUGUUGUGAUACAGCUGAAUCUUGAUCCCUUCCACCAGUUUGAACCCCAAAUGUUUACAAGAAGGAAAAUACCCCUUGUUAAACAUAAAGCGGGAUUUCUAUAGUGCACCACAAAUAGCCACAGAAGCAUCAUCCCAAAGUAAAGAUGUUUUAGCAGGAA